GCUCAAACCACCUUCCCUUCUGUUCAUUUCCUCUGCUUCUGUUGUGGUUGGCAGGAGGAACGCUGCUGCUGCUGCUGCUGCUGCUGCUGCUGCUGCUGAUCACACACACUCAGGUUAGAGGUUUACACGACUUGCGGCUGUUGACAAGUUUUUCACAGAAUCCAAACAGAAUGAUCCAGAGCAGAUCGACACCAGCUGGUCCCUGAUCAGUCAGGAUGGACUUUAUCAGAAAACACAGACUGACGUUCUCCUCCUCUUCCUCCUCGUGUUGACCUCAGUGAACAGACGACAUCAUGUCUGCUAACUCCAGUGAAGCUAACUGCUCAGGUCAGAUCCCGGAGCCGCUCGUCUUCAUCCUCACUGGACUCCUCUCCGCCACCGUCCUCAUCUUCACUCUGCUGGGCGUCAUGUGUCUCAGAAAGUAUCGAUCUUUGGUCCGGACCGUCCGGGAGCUGCAGGGGAGGAAGUUGUUGCUGGAUUCUGACCCUCAGCUGGAAGCUCCCAUCACACCUUUGAGGGCGCUCCCAGCAGCUGCGGCGGCGGCGGUGGCGGCGGAGGAGCUUCCUCUCCAGACUCCCCUGCAGAAGGGCAGCACAGUCAGGUCCUCGUCCAGGAAGCUGUGGAAAGGCCUGCAGCAGGAUCCUGGCUUCAUGAAGUCAGACCUGAACCUGCUGCAGCUGAUCAAAGCGGGAAAGGAGGGCGUCUUCUACCAGGCGAGGAUGAGCAGGGGGACGUGUAAGGGCCACAACAUGUUCACAUGCAAGAUCAGCAAAGAAGGCGUCCGUCCCAAACACGUGGACGUAGAAGUUUCCAUCAUGAGGAAACUGAUGCACCACAAGAACAUCCUCCAGUUACUGGACUGGAACACCACUGAGGAGCCUUACAUCCUGAUCCUGGAGUACGUGAGCUACGGCACCCUGAGGACCUUCCUGCAGACCAACAGAGCAAACCUGAGUGCAGACCCUGAGCUGCAGAGCCUCCUCACCAUCGCCUCCUACCACAUCGCUCUGGCCAUGCAGCACCUGCGCUCCAAGAUGAUCGUGCACUGUGACCUGGCUCUCAGGAACAUCAUGGUGAACAGGUUUCCCUGGGAGGUGAAGGUGGCCGAGUUCGGUCUGGCCCGAGACUUGACCCGUUUAACGAGCCGCCGCAGCAGCCGCUGGAGGAGCCCCCGGCAGCGGGUUCCUCUGCGCUGGUAUCCACCUGAGUACUUCAAGAACAACUACUACAGCUUCAAGGGAGACGUGUGGGCGUUCGGCAUCGUGCUGUGGGAGAUGCAGAUGUUUGGAACUUUGCCGUACCCAGACCUGGAGACCUCCGAGGCUGUGGUGUACCACAUCUGUAUCGGCCAUAAAAACACGAACCCUGAAGGCUGCAGACCGGAGAUACUUCACAUCAUGCGAGACUGUUGGCAGGAGCCCUACACCCUGAGGCCCUCCUUCACAGACAUCAUCCAGAUGUUGGAGGACGUCAUGGAGAAUGACGCGGAUUAUGUGGACGUUGUGAAUCCACAUCUUAUGGUGAAGGAAGACACCGAGUAUCAUGAAGCCAAAUGUCUCCGAGCUGCCAGCAUCACCGUGGACGAUACAAAUCCCAUUUAAACAAAUCCACUGCAGCAACAGAUCAAACUGUUCCCUGUACAUUUACAUACACGCAACGUUUUGUGCUGUCUGAGAGAUGGCAGCUGUGAGAGGAUCAGAAGAAAAAAAUACAAAUGGAAAACAGCAUAAUGUUUUAUGGAUGAUAAAAAUAAUAUACUUUCAUGUGAUUUUUUAACUUUGGUUUUUCUUUGUUUUUUAUCCUA